AUGGUAGUGUCCAAGUGGCCACUUCUACCAGUGAUCAUCGUUACGUCUCUCACUGCCGCGAUACCAACUCCCACAACUGCACUUGGGUUCACCGAGUGGUCCGCCGUUAGUCGAAACGUCCACCAGACAUCAGUGCAGAUUCAUGCUUUGUGUGACACACCAAACUCAAUCUGGGCCCAGAAUCAAGAAGCCCAACUGAAAGUCCAACUUUGUCAGAACUCCUGCUUUUGUACCCAGGCCGGUACCCUUGAUUGCCGACUACCUGGAUAUUUGGAACAAUACAACAUGGCGCUCAGAUGUGAUGGCGUUUGUCGAUGCAAUAUGAUCACUGCAUCAAGGGUCGACUCGGAGCCAGUCGAGCAUUUCAACCAUCUUCUCAAAGGUGACGAAGCAAAUGCUCUGCGCCAAGAGCGUCUUCGUCGGUUCAUGGCCGAAGAAGGUCUAGACAACGCCGAUGAUGAUGAUGAUGACGACGACGACGAGGGAAAAGAUUAG